UCUUAUUCGCAGGUGGGCAAAAUUGAGAUCACUGCUGAUGAAUCCGCCUUUCCAUCGGUUUAACUCUCUCCGUAGCGUUUUUCAAAUUGUGAAGUUCUGUUAAUUUUCUUUUCUGGCGAUGGAGGAAAUUGUGCGUAAUGUUUUUGGGGACAAUUUCGUGGAAACAACCCGAACUCGUCGGAAUUCUCCGAGUCCCAUUCGAGCGCGAAAAUCUGGAAGAAGUUUAUCACCCAUUGCCGCCUUCGACACGAAGGAUAGAUCACUAUUGGAUCGCCUUGAUGCGCGGAUAGCUUCGCAGCUUGACAGUACGAACAAAGGGAAAAGUGAAAAAUUGCCAGUUGAGAAACUGGGAAGACUUGGUCCGGCAAAAGUUCAUUUUGAUAUUGCUACUCAUGUUGGAUCGUUCAUUGUUGGUCCUGAUCGGGUCGGAGUCGGAUCCCAAAGCCACUUCUCUUCUCUCAAGGCGAAUGUGUGUGUCUUCAAGGGAAAAUGGCAGUAUGAAGUGCUCUUGGGAUCUAAGGGCGUUAUGCAGGUUGGUUGGUGUACCAAAGAUUGCCAGUUUUCCGAAGAAAAUGGCGUCGGAGACACGAUAGACUCGUAUUCGUACGACGGGAAUCGAGUUCGGAAAUGGAACGUUGCUACUUAUCGCUACGGCGAACCUUGGUUAUCGGGUGACAUCAUCGGAGUAACCAUUGAUUGUGAUGACCACAAAAUAGAGUUCUACCGAAACGGUCGUUCUCUCGGAGUUGCCUUCAGUAAUGUGAAAUCUGCACCGGGUGUAGCCUACUUACCGGGUGUCAGUCUUGGUGAUGGAGAGAACCUCGUUGCGAAUUUCGGAGCCACGCCUUACAAGUACCCAGUGAAAGGAUUCUCACCUUUGCAAGACCCUCCGGAAAGUGACCUGAAAAAAGGGAAAUUGUUGUUCGGUUGGUUAGCUAAUUUGAUUGAAGUUUUUGAGCCUCCUUCGCCGAAGAAUGGCUCCAAAGUUGUCACUGCCGUGCAGCAAGUGCCUUCCAGGAAGGCGAAGUUCUACCUCGUUGGAGCUCGGAUUUUCAGACAGCUUUCUCAGCUUCUAGUGUCGCCGUACAUUGUAGAAGCCCAAUUCAUGCCUUUUUUACAAACCACUAACGUCGAAACCUGUUUGACUGUCAUGUGGGCAUUGAUUGAAGAUCAAGACCUCAUCAAGUGCAUGGAGUAUGUUUGCAUAUCUUUGCUCACAAAGUUUCGACAGUCCGCUUCUAGUGGGGAGUUUCCGAACCAAAAGGCGUCCUUGUCUCUUUUGAAGCGAAUACUUAACCAUGAAAGGACUCGGAAAUUGUUGCUCAAGAAUGUGUUCUUCGAACGUGUGCGAUUUCCAACUUUCAUGCAUCUGAAACCCCUGGAUGAUGAUGCCUUGAAGGUGGUCGCCCCGGUUGUGUACUGGGAAGGAAGGGACGAGAAAGACAAAGCUGUAUACGAAACUUCCAUAGCAAAGCUAGGAAGGGAAGUAGGAGAAUUGGAGAAAUUGCAGUUGGACGUUUUGAAGCAACUUCUCAUAACUACGGACGGGAAACCCGGUGAACCGAGCUCUCGCUGCCUUUUCCUUCAUAAAAUCCGGCGCUUCAUCAAGGAAAACAUUUGGAGCGCUCGAAUACCGCUCAUGAUGCAAACACCGACUCCUGUGAUGCUUUGUUUCUUCCAUCGACUGCUUACUGCGCACGCGGACCUGCUUAAAUCGGAGGGAACUUUGGACGAAAAUGUUCAUGUGCCAUUGAAAGCGUUCUGUGAUGAUGGUAUGAAAUACUUCGAUUGCAAUCGUCUCGGAGGAGCUUAUGCGUACUUGCGUCGGACGUUGCGGAAGGAAUUAGCGGAAUUUCUGGGUCCGGACUUCGUUCCGCCUCCUCAGCCCCGGAGCGAGCACGCGGACUCGUUGCAUGGAAUAGUAGCUGUCACUGCUAGCGUUGACGAGCUUAGUCGCAUCGCUCGUCCACAUCAGAUCAAUGUUGAUGUUGUGCUCGCGUUUGAAGGUGAUACCGCCGGAGAAUCGAGUGACUCGACCGACACAUCCACUGAAGAUGAAGAUAUCCGCAAUGCCAGUGGUCAUCGUGGAGCACAGUUGAUUGGCACAAUGAGAGCGUCGACUUCUGAAGUGCUGAAAGAGCCUGCUCUUCACGAACUACUAGACGACGUUGUUUGGAUUUUCCACCUCGGGGCUCAUAAGCAAAUUGCGAAGAUGACUGCUCUUCGUGAGAAUCUCGAUGAGUUUCUUGCUGCGGAAAAAGACCUUCGGAAGAAAAUUAGCGUCUUGAAAGAUGGAGGUUCGGUUAAAGAGGAAUUGGAAGCCUCUUCUCAGAUACUGAAGGAAAAAAUUUCUGAUGAAGUCAGACACAUGGCUUGGGUUAGUGCUGUGAUUUACACAAAAAAUCGGCAGCAGGACCUGAUAUUUUUAACCAAGGUGAUCAUGGAAACCCUCAACAGAGCCUCGAAAGUCGGAUCAUUGCUCGCCUUUGUUCCUGAUUUCUACAUUGACUCUUUGUGCGAAUGCGUUCAGGCUAUUCGUGUGCACAUGCAUCCCACGGUUCCUUUUACGGAUGCGAAGUUUCACGGGAAAUCCCUGUUGACUGCUCUAGGAAGUUUGAUUGCCCAACAUUUCGCCGACGAACGCGUCAUUUUCUCAGAUUCUAAGGACAGUCUCAUUGAAGCCCUCGCUACGUUCGUGUCUUCGGAACAAACUUUGAGAGCCAUGGAAAAUAUGAAGCGAGAGGAGUCUGAGAUUUUGAUUAGAAUGCUGUUGAGACCGUAUGAAUCACGUCCGUGGGCGCAAACAAACUGGAUUCUGGUGAGAUUGUGGAAAGGGGAUGGCUUCGGAUUCAGAUACACGGAAACGCCGAAUCAACAGCAACAAUUCUACCCAAAAAUGACCGGAGAAGGAAUAUCUCAUACGAAUCACAUAAAACCAUGUCCAUCGCCGUUCUAUCAAAAGAUGGUCGCCGAAUUGUUAGUAAAAGAUCCUGAACUGUGCAAGGUUUUCUUGAACUCAGUUCUCAAUCAGCUCAACUGGGCUUUUUCGGAAUUCAUUGGAAUGAUGCAGGAGAUCCAGAAUGCGUUCUCUCGACCCGAUAGAGUCUUCAUAGAAUCUCGGCAAUUGAAGAUGUGCUCCACGUGUUUCGAUCUUACGUUGGCUCUCCUGCGAGUGCUGGAAAUGUGUGUUGUUCGGUGUCCCGAAGUAUUCACUUCGUCAAAAAGACCAUCUGCUGAUCUGUUGCUUAGCCGGCUCUGUCAAGUUCUUUGUCAGAUUCUGAACAGGGUGUCCACGUCGGUUGGAAGUUUCAAUCAGGUUUGGUCCGCCAUAGUGAUUGGCUUGUCAAUUCCAUCCAUGGAGGCGGUAACUCAUUAUCCGAUAUUGGCUGCGGUUGCGGGAAUCGUUCUGGGAUUGAUAGAGCCAGAAAUGAAGGAGAAAAGGACAAAAGAAUCAGUUGGAGAAUUGCCUGCUACGAAAGCUCUGCUAAGUGAUCCAUCUUUCCAAAUGUCAUCGGUUGCUGCAAUGCUGGGGAGAACGCCACCGACUCUUACGCCUUUAUCGAAGCUGAGUCCUAGAAGCAAACCAAAGCACGAUAAAGUUUUCAGUUUCAAAGAAUGUGAGAAGUGCGUUGCUCAGUACCUCAUGAACCGAAGGGAAUGCUUCUUCUGCAAGACGGUCAUCUCCGGUGUUUUGGACGAUGACGGAAAGCUAAUUCCAGACCUGAAACCCCCGCCUCCGCCACCAGUACCAUCUCCAUCGGAAAGUGGUGCUGAAGGACCAGUGCAAGGGCCACAGCCGAACCCAAAUCGUCCAAAUGCUGGAAUGGACCCUGUUGACAACAUAGUGUCUUAUACCUUGCCAUUUAGGAACAGACAUAGAUGAUUUUCCUCUCUAGUCCUAUUGGCAGAUUAAACUGCUGUGUGAUUGUCCAGAUUGCAUUUUUUAAUUAGAUUUGGGUGAAAUUGUGUAAUUGGUCCCCCUGACGAGGUUUUUGUUGAUUUAUGCAAACGGCAGGCAUUUGAGCAUUAGCUUGUCGCGUUAUCCCUUGCUGUUUUAGCAUUUCUUCCAUCCUUAAAUCUUCCUACUUUAGGGGAAUGAAACUUAUUUGGGUGAUUUUCCCGCGGUUACUCGUCUAUUCAGGGAGGUUUAUCCAAAUAUGAUAUCAAGAUACGAGGAAUUUUGAAGUUGAGUAACGGAUGGCACUCUAGAAUUUGGUCAAACUUUUGAAUUUGCUGUGAUUUGAGCAUUUUUAUGAUUAUUCCUGAUGGGUUUUUCCGGAGUGAAUAUGACUUAGGAUCAAGAUGUUGGUAUCAUCAGGAUGUGUAAUUCCCUGUGAUUACCUGUUGUUUAACCGGUGAUAUCCAGUCAUGUGAUGGAAGGUGUUAACAAGUGGUUUUGCCAUAAUGGGAUGCAAUACAAAACUCUGGUUGCCAAUUC